AUGUAUGAGUUCAAAGACGGUUUAGAAUUUUCCAAGUUCCUUGACAACAAUGAUCCCCUCGGGUAUCUGCGACAGAGGUUCUAUAUAAGAAAAAAUACAAUUUACAUGUGCGGAAAUUCGCUGGGGCUACUUUCCAAAGACGCAGAAGACACGACCGUCGAUGUAAUAGAAAAAUGGAAAAAUGAAGGGGUUCAAAUUUGGAAUGCAGAUGACAAUAAGUACUAUUUAUAUUCUUCUCGAAUAGCAAAGCUGAUGGCACCUCUGGUGGGAGCUGAUGACGAUGAAAUAGCGAUUGUAGGAUCGACCACCGUCAACAUUCACCAAGUAAUUAGCACUUUUUAUAAACCUACCAAGGAUCGAUAUAAAAUACUGCUAGAUGACAUCAAUUUCCCCACUGAUAGAUAUGCUAUAGAAAGCCAAGUAAUCUUAAAAGGUUAUUCACCAGAAGAUGCAGUGAAAACAGUCAAAUCUGUGAAUAACUUUUUAGACGAAGAUGAUGUAAUUGAAGCAAUGACUGAUGAUGUAGCAGUAGUAUUCCUUCCCACUGUGUAUUAUAGAACUGCACAGAUUAUACACAUGAAGAAAAUUACCGACGCAGCAAAAGAAAGAGGUAUUAUUGUAGGGUGGGACUUAUGUCAUGCAGUGGGAGCACUAGAGGUUGAUUUGAAAUCCAUAGACGCUGAUUUUGCUGUCUGGUGCACGUAUAAGUAUUUGAACGGUGGACCGGGGUCUUGUGCCGCAUUGUAUAUAAAUCGAAAGCAUUUCCAACUCUUGCCAGGAUUAGCUGGAUGGUUUGGGAAUAAAGCUGAAACACAGUUUUUGCUACGUCAAAAGUUUGACCAUCGCAAGGACGGUAGCGGAUGGCAAAUUGGUACCCCACAUAUUUUAUCUAUGGCAGCACUAGAAGGAUCAUUGAAAAUGUUUAUUGAUAUCGGUAUGGAAACAAUUAGACAUAAGUCGCUAAAACUCACUGGGUAUUUGAUGUAUUUGAUUGAUACUAAAUUAAUUCAACAUGGAUUCUCUGUUGGUAACCUGCGGGAAGACAGCAGGAGGGGGGGGCAUGUAUGUCUUAAACAUGAAGAUGGUUACAGAAUAUCUCUGGCAUUAAAAGGGAGAGGUGUUGUACCGGAUUUUAGAGAUCCGAACGUAAUUCGUUUAGCGCCAGUGGCACUCUAUACCAGUUAUGGGGAAGUAUAUAGUGUUGUUGAUAUAUUGUUGGAUAUUAUGAAAACUGAAUCGUAUAAGAAAUUUAGUUGUAAACGGAAUGUUGUAGUAUAG